UACAAUACUUUAUCACGUUCCUAACUCCUUUUCCGUGUAGGGCCCUUUCAUAACUGUCGUCGACCGCUUUCACAUGUGUGAACUUCAAAAUCGCACGCCUGCAUGGAAAUGGAAUAUCCAUACUACUCGCUUCAAUCCAUAUAAACCAAGAGAAAUUCUGCUACUAAGCGGGAACGUGACAGGUGUAAAUGGUUCUCUUGAUGACAACUGCUGGGGAAAAAUAAUAUUAGAUGUUUGGAGAAAUAACCAAUGGAAGGAAAACGCUUUUGUCUUUUUUAGGAAGGACAAAGCGUGCACGCAUAUAAAAACCAAUGUCCCUACCCUUUAUGAACCUUUGUUUAAGAAGCGAGAAACAAAAGGCCAGUGCAUACUAAAACCUGGAGUUUACGAAUUAAAUAACGCACCAGUUAAAUGGGUAUUUCCAAAUAUUCCAAUUAUGCCUUACGGACGCUAUAGGUUCAGAAUGACGGGAGGCAGGACUGAAUCAUAUACAUGCAUGGCGUGUGAACUUACGGUAAUUCCUAAAAGCGAUUAAUGCACUAUAAAGUGUAUCGUUAGUUUAUGGCCGUAACUUUUAAAAAUAUCCGGCAUCAACUUAUGUGCCGAGUCCAGACACUAAACCGUGCACUGUGUUGUGCAUAAACAUACAGCCAUUAAUAUAAGCACAAAAUUAAGUGGUGCGUAAGUAUGUCAAAAUCGUACAUGACUACACACAAAUUUCAGGAUAGUGGACAAAAUUGUGAAUACUUAGGUAUGAAAAGUUGAGCAUACCUAUGGCUGCACAAGACGCUGCAAGUCUUAUAUGCAAGAUGCAUAAGGGUUUAGUGUGCAAAUAAAAUGUCAAAACUACGAAUGGCAGAGUUGAUUUUUUCAUUACUACUUGUGCCCAAACAGACAAGCUUCGAACAGUGUGCUUCCGCGCUCCCGGUGCGCAGUGAGCGAGACAUGUUUUUGUCAAUGUGCGAACCCCAAAUGUACGGUUUUCCGCUAAGCGCAUAAAACGUUUAUUUUUGAAAAAAGCUUCAGAAUCGAAAUAAAGAGUCACAAUUCAAA